UGCACCCCCUUCUCUCUCUUUAGCUAAAGGAGAUAGAUUGAUAAAUUUUCUCUUCAAUUCCUUGCUAGGUUUAUCAGGAUUUUUUUUAUCUGAUAAACCUAUCCAUUGCUCUGCAUUUGGCAUUUUUUUCAAGGAAUCUUCAUAUAAUGUCUCUUCCUCUUCUACUAUUCAUCACUCUUCUUCUUCUUCCUUUAACUUCAGCUGGCCAUGAUUAUGGUCAAGCUCUUACCAAAAGCAUUCUCUUCUUUGAAGCUCAAAGAUCUGGUUAUCUACCUCAAAAUCAAAGGGUUAAAUGGAGAGGACAUUCUGGUUUAAAUGAUGGAAAAACCAAUGGGGUGAAUCUGGUUGGUGGGUAUUAUGAUGCUGGUGAUAAUGUUAAGUUUGGUUUACCUAUGGCAUUCACUGUUACUAUGAUGUCAUGGAGUAUUAUUGAAUAUGGUAGACAAAUGGCUCAAAGUGGUGAACUAUCUCAUGCUAUGGAUGCUAUUAAAUGGGGAACUGAUUAUUUCAUUAAAGCUCAUCCUCAACCUUAUGUCCUUUAUGGAGAGGUUGGAGAUGGAAAUACAGAUCAUUAUUGUUGGCAAAGACCAGAAGAUAUGACCACACCAAGGCAGGCUUAUAAGAUUGAUGUUAACAAUCCAGGGUCUGACCUCGCCGGAGAAACCGCCGCCUCAAUGGCGGCGGCGUCUAUUGUUUUCCGGCGAUAUAACCCUUCUUAUUCUAGAUUGCUCCUUUCUCAUGCUCAACAGCUCUUCGACUUUGCGGACAAAUACAGGGGUAAAUACGACAGCAGCAUAACCGUUGCGCAAAAGUAUUACCGAUCCGUUAGUGGAUAUGCGGAUGAAUUGUUGUGGGCUGCUGCUUGGUUAUACAAGGCCACAAACAACCAAUACUAUUUGAGUUACCUCGCAAAGAAUGGCGAUUCUCUAGGUGGAACCGGUUGGGCCAUGAGCGAGUUCGGUUGGGAUGUUAAGUAUCCCGGGGUUCAAACCCUCGUCGCCAAGCUUCUAAUGGGAGGAAAAGCUGGCAAUUAUGCACCCGUCUUUAAGAAAUAUCAAGACAAAGCCGAGUUCUUCAUGUGUUCUUGUCUCGGAAAAGGAACACGCAACGUUCAAAAGACUCCGGGAGGACUCAUUUAUAGACAAAGAUGGAAUAACUUGCAGUUUGCCACGAGUGCUUCCUUUCUCUUAUCGGUUUACUCUGACUAUCUCUCGUCAGCAGGAAAAAACCUUAAUUGCGCUUCCGGAACUGUCUCACCUUCCGAGAUUCUUGCAUUUGCGAAAUCCCAGGUGGAUUAUAUUCUUGGAGACAAUCCAAGAGCAACAAGUUACAUGGUGGGAUAUGGAAACAACUUUCCUCAACAAGUCCAUCACAGGGCUUCCUCAAUUGUUUCAAUUAAGGUUGAUUCUACUUUUGUUAGUUGUCGAGGUGGUUAUGCCACUUGGUUCAGUAAGAAGUCUCGCGACCCGAAUGUCUUAACCGGUGCUAUUGUUGGUGGUCCCGAUGCUUAUGAUAACUUCGCCGAUCAAAGAGACAACUAUGAACAAACUGAGCCUGCUACUUAUAACAAUGCUCCUCUUUUAGGUACUCUGGCUCGUCUCCAUGCUGGCCAUAGCGGUUACAACCAGCUCUUGGAAGAAAUCCUUCCUGCUCCUCAAACCAAACCAAAUCCAGCUCCAUUAACCAAAACAACACCAGCUCAAGGUUCAUUCUCAGCUCCUAUAACCAUUGAACAAAAGGUGACUGGUUCGUGGAUCAAUCAUGGAAGGACUUACUAUCGAUACUCGACUAUCUUAACUAACAAAUCUGCCAAGACUGUGAAGGGUCUAAAGCUGUACAUAUCCAAGCUUUAUGGUCCUCUUUGGGGGCUCACGAAAUAUGGUGAUUCAUACGUUUUCCCUUCAUGGCUCAACUCAUUGCCUGCAGGAAAGAGCUUAGAGUUCGUUUACAUUCAUUCCGCCCCUCAAGCUUACGUCUCAGUUUCGAACUAUACCCUGUCCUAAAGAUAGCAAUUUCAUAUUAGUCUUCAAUUACUGAUUGAUUUAAGAAUAUGAUUGAAGUUAUUAUAUGGGUGGGGAGAAAGGAGUGAAGAGAUGAUUUAAGAAGAGUGCUCAUCCUCUUUCUCCUCCUACUUUCGAUAAUUUCCAUAUGUGAAUCGUCGUCUAGAAGUGAAGAAACCUCUGGGCGAUUAUUAUUAAACAAGUGUUUUGAGUGUGAUGAUAAAACUGGUGAUCUUUAUUUUACAUAGUACAAGCAAAGUUUGAUA